AUGUUUUAUAAGACUGUUUCUGAUAAAAAAUGCACCCCCUCUCCUUUACGUAAAUGCUCUCAAUAUCACAUUCCAAAUACAUACUUUUCAACUAUGAAACAACCUAUAGAGAGAUCAUUCGAACCCAUUGAGAAAUAAAAAACAUUAACUGAUGAAUAACAAGAAAUCUAAAAAUUGAAUUAAAUUAUUGAAUAAAUGAAGGAUGAAAAUACUAAAUUACGUUCUGCAUUGUAAUAAUAAAAUCAAUAAUUUUUAUAUGAAACAUAGCAGUUAAAUUAACAAAUAGUCAAUAUGUAAUUAGAAUAACAAUCACUCAAAUAGUCUUUAAUAGAUAGAACAUAACAAAAUAAUAAGAUGAUUUAAUAUAUUGAAGAGUUAUCAAAUUAAUUUAAACAUCUUCAAAUUUAAUAUUAAGAUGCAUAUCUAUAAUUGCAAUAGGCAGAAAUCUAUAACAAUUAAAUAAUGUUACUUUAAAAAGAAUUAAAAGGUAAAGAGGAUGAAAUUGAAAUACUAAAAAAUGAACUACAAAUUCCUACUAAAAUCAAUACUGAAUAAUCAGAAAAUCAAUUAAUAUUUGAUUUUCUUAAAAAUGUUAAAUAAUAAUAUACUGAUGAUGAAUGUAGAUCACUAUAUUUAUAUGAUUGA